AUGCCACUUGGUUGUUAUCUUCCAUAUACUCGCACACUUGUUGGGGUCAAACUCUCAAGCUUCACACUUCACUCUCUACCUUUUAACACAUUCACUUCCCACCUUGUCCCUGCCAUGUCCACAAACCAACCCGGCAAUGGAGACUCCGAAACUCCCCUUCGUCAACCUCUGUUGUCUUCCCAGAGAUCCAUCGUUAAUUCCACCUCCCAGGUUGCUAUUGUGGGCGUCAAUGUUUGCCCAAUUGAGAGCCUCGACUAUGAAAUUUUUGAGAACGAGUUCUUCAAGCAGGAUUGGAGGAGCAGAGGGACGGCUCAGAUAUUUCAGUACCUUCUUACGAAGUGGCUCUUGUGCUUUGUCGUUGGCAUGAUCGUUAGCAUUAUUGGCUUCUGCAACAAUCUCGCUGUUGAGAAUCUCGCUGGCAUCAAGUUUGUGAUUACCUCCAAUAUGAUGUUGGAGAAGAGGUUUCAGUUGGCCUUCUUUAUAUUUUUUGUUUUUAAUUUAGGUCUCACGCUUUUUGCCUCCUUAAUCACGGCUUUGAUAGCACCUACAGCCACCGGUUCAGGUAUACCUGAGGUGAAGGCCUAUCUAAAUGGUGUAGACGCACCUGGAAUAUUUACUGUGCCAACUCUUUUUGUUAAGAUUAUUGGAAGCAUUACAGCAGUUUCUUCAUCGCUUCUUAUUGGGAAGGCGGGGCCUAUGGUGCAUACAGGUGCAUGUGUCGCAGCAUUGGUAGGUCAGGGUGGGUCGAAGAGAUAUGGAUUAACGUGGAAAUGGUUACAAUUUUUUAAGAAUGAUCGAGAUCGGAGAGAUCUAAUAACCUGUGGAUCAGCAGCUGGAAUGGCUGCUGCCUUCCGUGCCCCUGUUGGUGGUGUGUUGUUUGCUCUUGAAGAGAUGGCAUCUUGGUGGAGAAGUGCCCUUCUUUGGAGAGCUUUCUUCACAGCAGCAAUAGUUGCAAUUUUGCUUCGUGCCUUCAUUGAUCUAUGUUUAAGUGGUAAAUGUGGGCUAUUUGGCAAAGGGGGACUGAUAAUGUUUGAUGCUUAUUCAGCAAGUAUUCCAUAUCAUUUCGUGGAUCUUCCUCCGGUGUUUAUUCUUGGUGUUAUAGGGGGGAUACUUGGCAGCUUAUUUAAUUUGCUGUUAACAAAAGUUCUUCGGAUAUACAGUUUUAUCAAUGAGAAAGGAACUGUUUUCAAAGUUUUGCUUGCUUGUGUAAUCUCCAUUUUUACAUCUUGCCUUCUUUUUGGUUUGCCAUGGUUAACUUCUUGCCGCCCUUGUCCACCUAAUCCAACUGAACCUUGUCCUACAAUAGGCCGGUCUGGGAUCUACAAGAAGUUUCAGUGUGCACCUAAUCAAUACAAUGAUCUUGCCAGCCUCAUUUUCAACACAAAUGAUGAUGCUAUUAGAAAUCUAUUUAGCAAGAAUACAGAUGACGAGUUUGAGUUUACAUCAAUGUUGAUCUUUUUCCUCUCAUGCUUUUUUUUAAGUAUCUUUAGCUAUGGGGUUGUUGCUCCCGCUGGUCUUUUUGUGCCAGUUAUUGUUACUGGUGCAUCGUAUGGACGCGUUGUUGGAAUGUUGCUUGGCAAAAACUCCAGUCUUAACCAUGGUCUUUUUGCUGUACUUGGUGCUGCUUCCUUUCUCGGUGGGUCCAUGAGGACAACAGUUUCUCUGUGCGUAAUUAUUCUAGAACUAACCAACAACCUGUUAUUGCUACCUGUAAUCAUGAUGGUGCUAUUCAUAUCUAAGACUGUAGCAGAUGCUUUCAAUGCAAAUAUAUAUGACAUUAUAAUGAAAGCCAAGGGUUUGCCUUAUUUAGAAACUCAUGCGGAACCAUAUAUGAGGCAGCUAACAGUAGGUGAUGUAGUAACAGGCCCACUGCUGACGUUCAAUGGCAUCGAAAAGGUUCGUAACAUAGUGUUUAUUCUCAAAACUACAGGACAUAACGGGUUUCCUGUUAUUGAUGAGCCUCCUAUUUCGGAAGCUCCAGUGUUAUUUGGCAUAAUCCUUCGUGACCAUCUUCUCACGUUGUUGAAGAAGAAAGCUUUUAUGUCCUCACCUUUGGCUGCAAGUUUUGAUGUCUUCAAUAAGUUUUCAUCUGAUGAUUUUGCAAAGAAGGGGGGUUCAAGCAAAGUUCGUCUAAAGAUAGAAGAUAUACAGUUAUCAGAGGAAGAGAUGAACAUGUUCAUAGAUCUACAUCCAUUUACUAAUGCUUCUCCUUAUACUGUUGUGGAGACAAUGUCACUGGGAAAGGCCCUUACACUUUUUCGAGAGCUUGGUUUAAGACAUCUUCUUGUGAUACCCAAGAUCUCUAGUAGGUCACCUGUGGUUGGUAUACUUACACGACACGAUUUCAUGCCAGAACAUAUUUUGGGUUUGCAUCCCUUUCUGGUAAGAAACACAGGGAAAAGAUCAAGAUUUAUGGGUGGUUGUCCUAAGAACCUGAAGUUGAUGGAAUUUGACCAUUCGAUUAUGCUUGAAAAGAAGAAAGAUGACGAUGUUGCAGUCGAGCCAACUUACCCAUAUUUGUAA